AUGCUGCGCAGCACGGUCUUCGUGCCGGCGCCGGCGGGGAAGCCCGGCGCGCCCGCGGCAGCGUGCGCGGCGGCCGUGUUGGGCGCCGCCGGGAACGCCCACGCGGACGCGAUCGGAGAUGCCGCUGCCAAGCUCUCGAAGGCGGCAUGCCCUUUCAUGAAGGAGGUGCCGUGGAAUUCGGGUUCGUACAAUUUGCCAGCCGGGUCUGCGGACCCGAUCGGCUACACGAAGGCCAUCGCCAAGAUGAUCGAUAUGGGCGCUCAUAUGGAUUCCAAGCUGCUGAAGGCGGGCGCUGAGGCCCAGCUGAUGGCAAUCAACGCCGCGCUCGGGCGCAUGAUCGCGCCCGUGCCCGAGUCCACGACCAUGGGCGUGUACAGCGCCGUCGGGGGCCUGAUGGACCCGAAGGUUCCAGCGUGCCCGAUGUCGACGGUGAAGGAGUCCGACGCGAGGGCGGCCUACAACGCCUUCAUCGAUUUUACCCAGGUAGUGAAGGCUAACCCCAUCACUCCGUCUGCUCCUACGUCCUCUGUGUCCGGCAGCGCGGCGAGCUCCAUCGCGGCGGCCGCGGACGAGCUGUCUGCCGCCGCCUACCCUUUCGUCGAGGAUAUCGACUGGACCUCGGACUUGUAUUCGAAACCCACCCUGGGAGCUGAUCCGCAGAAGGUCGCCAAGGCCAUCGGCAAUAUGAUCACGAUGGGCGCGGCCAUGGAUGGCGCCUCCCUGAAGGAGGCCGAUAUCGCGCAUGUGAAGGCCAUCGGGGGCAUGGACGCGAAGGGCGUGCUGUUGCAGUCAGAUUUCGCGCCCAUUAAUGCGGGCCUCGGGAAGGCGGUCGCAUCGGUGCCGACCAGCAAGGUGAUGGACGUUUACAACUCGAUGGCCCAGGGGGUCGGGAGCCCCGGUGUUCCCAACAAGCUGUCCUCCACAGAGAACCCGGCUGAUGCUCAGGCGGCGCGCGGCGCGCUCCUGGAGUUCAAGGAUGUGGCGAAGGCCGCGCAGCGCUGA